AUGUCCGUGUAUGGAGCUUCUGCGAAGUAUCAGAUUCCACGAAGUACUCUCAUCCGGCGGAUCGCCUCACCAGAUGUGCCCAAGAAGAUGGGACCGAAAUCUACUGUUUUCACGCUUGAGCAAGAACAGGAACUUGUUCGGCACCUGCAUGAUCUGGAAUCGCGGUUCUACGGAAUUAAUAUGACGGACGUGCAGAAGCUCGCGUAUGAGUUGGCGGAAAAGAAUGGGAUACCCCAUUCGUUCAACAGAAAGAAGCAGCUAGCGGGACGAGACUGGCUUCACGGAUUUUUAAAGCGGAAUCCAACUCUAUCCUUCCGCAAACCGGAAGCGACAUCUACAGCACGUGCCAGAGGGUUCAAUAAACCCUCUGUGAAUGCUUUUUUUGAUAUGCUGGAAGCAACAUUGACCGACAAAGGGUUCCCGCCUUCGCGUAUAUACAACGCAGAUGAAACCGGGAUCAGUACCGUCCCUCCCAAGAAACAGAAAAUAGCAGCAAAAAAGGGGAAGAAGCAGGUGGGUUCCAUCACGUCGGCAGAUAGAGGAGACACGACAUCAGUAGUUAUGUGCAUGUCUGCGGCUGGUCAUCACCUGCCACCCUACGUUAUAUUUGCUAGGGCACGGAUGCACGAAUCGUUAAAAAAGGGAGCGCCAAGUGGAACCAAGUUCUCUUGUAACCCUUCUGGAUACAUGACCGCAGAUAUCUUCCUGGAUUGGUUUGAGCACUUCCUGGAAAAUGUGCACCCAACUGUGAGCAAUCCCGUUCUUUUGAUCAUAGACGGUCAUAGUUCGCAUACGAAGAACUUGGCGUUCGCAGAAAGAGCUCGAGCGAAUUUUGUAACAGUGUUGGUUUUACCACCACACUGCAGCAAUAAAAUGCAGCCACUCGACAUCUCUUUCAUGGGGCCGUUUAAAAUCCACUACGCGAGUGCAGCAGAAGCCUUCAUGCGGAAAUAUCCGGGACGUAACAUCGGUCAAUAUGACGUAGCCGAAUUGAUGGGCACUGCGUUUGUAAAAGCCGCCACUACAAGCGUGGCCAUCAACGGUUUCAAAAAGUCCGGAAUAUGGCCGGCAGAUCGAACAGUAUUUCCAGACGAAGCCUUCGCGCCAUCCGAAGUGACCGACCAGCCUGAAGCAACUGAUUCAACGGAUGUGCAACAUUGUGGUACGCCUAUGCAAAACUCGGCUAUCGUCGUGUUGAACGACUCGGCCGAAGAACAACCAUAUACACUGAGUCAAGACAUCGGCUACGUGCUGUACUCGGCGCUCGGAUCGUUCUACAUUCCCAGCUGCAUCAUGGUGUUCGUCUACAUUAGGAUCUACUACGCGGCGAAAGCACGAGCCCGGCGGGGGAUCCGGAAAAAGCCGCUCAAACCGCCCAGUGAACAGGACACCAGCUUUACGCGUCCAGCCAAUCCGAUGCCAUCGCUUCCCAGUGCCUCGUCGGUGUCAGCUGGUGCAGUGGCACCGGCAUCAACCAACGGCAACAGCCAGUACGCGGCGGCCAAUAGCAACAACAAUAACAAUCAUAGUAGCGGUCCCAGUCAGCAGCACCAGCAGCAGAUUGCGACGAUAGAGCCCCCUCCGAGGGGGCUAGUCGGCGGUAGUAGUGGUCAAGCGCAGAUGGCCAUUCCGACGGUAACGUGUGACUUUGCGUCGGACAUGUCCACCAGCGAGGCGGCAGAUCACGACCACGCUGCGGCCGUGUUGGAGAUGAAAGAUACGCUUCAAGUGGGUAAACCGGGGAUAGGUCUCACGUCACUGCCAUUGCUGAGAGGGAACAACGGGGCAGCUGCGGGCCGCGGGGGUAGCAGUAGUUCCGGGGUGGUGGUUAGUCCAGGGUUAGCUAGGAAUAGAGCACUUUCGGUAGGAAUAGAAACGGACAUGGUGAGUGAAUUUGAUCCUUCGAGUUCAGAUUCGGGUGUAAUUAGUAGAUGCGCGGUAGUAAAACCGCUCAAGUUUAGGCUGUGUCAACCAAUUUUCGGCAAGAAGGUAGGAAAGGGUCGUAAUAAGAAUAAUAAUGCGAGAGGCAAUUGUGCGGGGGUGGGACCAACGGCGAUGGGAGGGCAAGCCAUAUCGAUUUCGGCCAAGCAGAAUGAUAGUGCUUGCAGUGAAAUGGAACCAGCACUGCCAAAGCCAAAACCCAGGGAUCCGGAGAAGGAGAAACGACGGAUAGCGAGGAAGAAGGAAAAGCGAGCCACGCUGAUCCUGGGAUUGAUUAUGGGAAGUUUUAUUGCUUGCUGGUUACCAUUCUUCUUCCUUUACAUACUGGUGCCAAUUUGUAAAGACUGCCGCAUACCGGACUUUGCAUUCUCGUUGGCCUUCUGGCUGGGUUACAUGAACUCGGCAUUGAACCCGGCCAUUUACACCAUCUUUAACAAGGACUUCCGGAGAGCCUUUCGCCGGAUACUGUUCAAGUGAUGUUUGGCGUACGUGUGCUGCUACCGCUGCGUUUCCCGGAGCAUCGAAAAAGCGACGGAACGUGCGGUCAGCGGUGCACAGCUGGGUGGCGGUUACCGAGGAGGCUAUAUGCGAUAACCCCCUUAGAAGGCGUGCU